AUGCGAUUUCAGAGCUAUCUACCAUUCAAACCUUGUAUCAGAGAAAAGGACUUUGGUUCUAUGUAUUUUGCGGCUGCUAAAGUAGUGUGUUGUGAAAAUCUUGACUCUGAAUUUACAAAUUCUGCUGUCGUUAUGAAACCACUUACCAAACUUGGAAACAAGACCGGUUCAAUGUCCCAUAAACUCAAUCGCUUGGGUAAUAAAUUGACUUCCACCGAGAAUGAUGCCUGGGAUAGUGACAAAGCUGUCACUAAUUAUUUGUCAUCCACGAAACAAAAUUCUUCUUCUGGCUUAUUAAUACCUGAGCGUGAACGUUAUAGUCAAGCUAAAUUAGCAUUGAGUAAUGACUUACACAAACGGGAAAAAGUGCUAGAGCAAGAAUUUUCAAGUGAAGAAUCACUGAUUUCACCUGAAGACUGGCUGAACGAACCAGUUAAAAGUCAGCUCGAGGAGGACAGUUUAGUUCAAGAGUUUCGGAGUAAAUUUAUUAAAUUGGAAAAUCAGUCGGAACGAGAUCGGGAGACUUUGGAAACAAUUCAUCAUCAGCGAAUUGAAGCUCAAAUGCUUGAACGCAGAAAUGCAAUGCAGAAUGCAUGGGAAAAGGCUGUGAAUAUUAAAAAUCCAAAUAAUUUCACGCUGUUUGAAACGCUAAAGCGUUUAUUCCGAGUUGUUGAACAUGACCGCAGUCACUAUGUUAAACGAUUCGAACGUUUACGCAAUAUGGAGCUACCUGAAGCUGCUCAACAGUUAGCAUCUAUUAAGGACAGAUUGGUUGAACUUGAUAUUUUGCUUAAUAAAAGUUUGGAAAAAAUAAACCUGCAUCCAGAACUAAACUCAUCUUUGUUAACUUAUGCAAAUUAUCUUCGAAAUAACAAAUAUCGCAAAUCGGAAGCUCAGUCAAAAGCUGUUUUAUUCGCCGAUAUUACCUUACCAGAUAUGAUUAAACUGCCUACAUUUCAAGAACAGGCAUCAUUAAAAGCUGAAAAGAUUAUAGCCAAACAUCGUCAUCAUCUAGAACCGUUAUAUUUAGACAAGCUGACGACCAACAAAUCGAACAAAAGUUGGAUUAAGCCACCUAAGAGACAAAAAAUGUUGACAGAUCAUCUUUUUGGAGGCAAUCAAAAUAAAAACUUUUCUAAUUCUCAUCAAAUGAAAACAACUACAAUUAUUCCAACAGUUUACAACUUAGUCGAUAUUGAUGCGAAGUCAUUGUUAAGCACUGUGGAUUAUUCUUCAUCUCUAUCAAUAAAUCAAACUCAACGUACACCUCAUAUGAAUAGUGGUGAAAUAACAGAAAAUAAAACAACUGUUCAAUUUGGUUCAUAUCAGAAUAUAAGUGUUGCUAUGUUACAUUCUGAUCCAGCACUUAAUACAUCCAAUUCAUCUACUGUUAUUAAUUUAUCAACUCAAAUACAUGUUCAUAAAACAACUUAUAUUUUAUUAAUUCUUCUAGGAAUAGUUUUAUGCUUUAUUUGUUUAUUUAUUGUUUUACGUCGUUAUUUUGCUUCAAUUCGAUAUAAUCGUAAAGGUUAUACAUUAACUGUUGUAGAAGUUGAUGAAGUAAUAGCACCAAAAGUCAAUUCACCACAAUUUUUACCAGUUAAACAUAAUCGUUUUAGGAAUACUUCAAAAUCAAUAACAAAUCAUCAUCAUAACGAUUUAAUACAUAAUUGGCAAUUGAAUGGUUAUGAAAAUCCUGCAUACAAAUUCAAUUCAAAUAAAACGGAUAGAUUUACUAAUACAAAUCGUUAUCAUCAUCUUGGAUUAUUUCAUCAAGAUAAUAGUUUUGAUGAUUUCGAAAUUUAA